AACCAAGAAACAUUUUGAACCUUAUUAUGGCAUUUUUUAUCCGGAGUACUCCGGAUACCAAGUCGAUCUUUUCGCAGCGUCUUACAGUAUGAGGAAAUUCCUCACACUUUCAAACUUCUGCCGGUCGGUGCAUCCAAGACGUUCCCUUGACGCGGCGCACGCUGACUCCGUUAAUAUGUUUGGCUUGAACGAUCUCCAUCAUCAGGUCAUUGCGAUCGUGCUCAUGAUCAUGCUCUCCAUGGACGUUGUCAACCCGGUGAAAGCUGUGUGUUCCGUCGUGGGUAUUGACCCAUCGGUUGUGGGUUGGCUUCACGUCUUGCUUCUCCUCGGACUACUCUACAACAAUAUGUCGGAUGUCCUCUACUUUGGCAUCCGCGUGUUUUUGACGAGCAUCAUCUCGAUCUUCUUCAAGAGCAUCGAAAUCGUUGGGAAAGACAACAUUCCCCUCGAUGGACCUGUCAUUUUCACGGGCAAUCAUUCCAAUCAAUUCGUCGACGGCAUGAUUGUGCUCAUGAACUGCUACCGAAAGGUGGGGUUCAUCAUUGCUGAAAAGUCCAUGCAUCGCCCAGUCAUUGGCACACUCGCCAAGGCUGUGGGUUGCAUUCCGUUCACUCGCCCCCAAGACGAAGUUAUCAAGGGGAAAGGAGUUGUGUCGAUGGAACCGACGCCUGGCAACCGAAAUGUGCUCGUGGGUCUUGACACGCAUUUCACAGUGCAGCUUGGUCCAGGCGAUCAAGUCCGCGCGAGCGGCAAGACCGUGAAAGAGUCAAGCGAACCGGUCAAAGUAGAAAAGGUGAUUGACGAUACGCACGUCGUUCUGUCGUCGCCCUUGCUCGACGUCUACGGAGAACCCAUUGUGGUCCCCGUGUCAUUCGGCAUCUUCAAAAAGAUCGACCAAAAGGCAUCGUUCUCAGAGGUCAAUACUGCGUUGCAGCAUGGCCAGUGCGUUGGGAUCUUCCCUGAGGGCGGGUCCCACGACCGCACUGACCUCUUGCCACUCAAGGCUGGCGUUGCGCUCAUGGCGUUUGCCGCGAAGGAAAGCCACAACUUGACCGUGCCCAUUGUCCCCGUCGGGCUCAAUUACUUUCGUGGCCACAAGUUUCGCGGCCGCGUGGUCGUCGAGUUUGGCGCUCCAAUCUCGGUCACCGCCGAGAAGCUCGACGCUUACCACCAGGACAAGCGCAAGGCGUGCAAUUCGCUCCUAAACGAAGUCCAAGACGGCAUGCGCAGUGUGAUUGUGACGACACCUGACCACAACGUCCUCCAGGGCGUGUAUGCCGCGCGUCGGCUGUUCCAGCAAUCUGGCAUCAAGUACAGCCCCAAGGCGACACAAGACUUGAACCGACGCUUCGCCCAUGGCUAUCGGAUCCUCAACGCACUCCCCGAAGCGAAGGAAGACGUAGCAGAUUUGAACGCUAAAAUCACCGACUACCGCCGCACACUCAAGCAGCUCGGGCUGGCGGACCACCAGGUGCCCUACGUGGCCUUCCUCACACUCCACGACGUCUUAGCGUCGGCCACAUACGGUCUCAUCAUCUUUGCACUCGCGUCAAUUCCGUCGUUUGUGUUGAACGCCCCGGUCGGGCUCCUUGCGCGAUAUGUAGCCGCCGCUGAACAAUCCAAGGCCCUGGCUGGAUCGAGUGUCAAAAUUGCUGCGCGCGACGUCGUCCUGUCCAAGAAGAUCUCGUUCUCGGUCGUUGCCGUCCCAGUCCUCUGGCUCUUUUACACGUUCCUCCUGUUCGUGCUCACUGACUGGAAAACGUCGACGAUUCUCCGCCUCACGAUGUCAUUCCCGCUCUUUUCAUACUUUGGCGUGCGCAGCGUGGAAGCUGGCAUCAUCGAACUGCGAACUCUUCGUCCUCUGCUCAAUCGAUUGCGACCCGAGUACAAGCGUAUCCAGGACGAACUGCCCGUCCGCCGCAUGCAGCUCCAGAAGGACGUUCGAAAGUUUGUCAAAAAAUAUGCAGCGCAGCUCGGACCCCUCGCAGACCCCGCCCCCGUCGAUUGGGCUGAAUUCAUGCAUACCCACGUCAAGCACGACGAUGAACACGACGCACCAGCGGUGAGGCAGCGCACGCCGAGCCAGGAUGCCAAAGAUGGCAAGAAAACGGUCUAAGCUGUACUAAAGACCAACUGAAUGUAUAAGGGCGAUAGACAUGGACGUGCCGAGCAAGCGCAUGCGCAGUUCUAUCAUCGUGGCGCCGCGACGCGACAUGGGUGAGGGCAGGAUGCUGGAUGCCGACCACUGUUUUGUCAACAUGUUCCUGUCCGUUGUGUCGAAGGAAGCAAGUCAAACUCAUCGAGCGUACAGACACAUCGAUCGUCAACAGCGCGAAUCGAAAUUCUGUGGCAUGAGAUUCGCUUAAGGCAAAGAAGCGUGCUUGUAACACCA